AUGGAUCCGGAGUUGUUGAACGACGAGGACUACGAAACGGACACUGUUUUUCUCGGGAAGUGAUGAUGAUGGUUUUAAAAAAAUAAUUUUUUUCAUUUCAAAGUUGGAAAAAUGAUUCAGAUCUUCGUAUUGAUCGAAUCGAUAUCGAAGCCGAUUUUUGACGGUUUUUGAAUAUUUUUUUGGAUUGAAAAAAAUAUCAAAAUGAACAGAUAAUAAGACGGAAGAAACCGCAAAAAGCUGAAGAUGAACUGACGGAUUCUGGAACGAGGCGGAAUUCUUUCAGAUCUCCGUUGAGGUUUUUAGAUUUUUUUCAAGUUUUAGGAAAACCCUUGAUAAUUUGAAGAAUUGAAAAUGAAAUUUUUAAAGUAUUUUUCGAGAAACUUGUUCGAAAAAUUUGAGAGAAUUGAAUUUUUUUCGUCUUUUUCGCUUGAUUGGACGAUGCAAAAAUAUCGAAAAAAAUUUAUUUUUGAAUUUCAAAAUAAUCCAUUUUUCUAAUGAAAAUCUUCAAGAAAAAAAGCUGAAAAAAAUCGUGAAAGUUUCCUCAAAAAGGGUCAGAAAAAUCUCUUGAAUAUUUCUUGAACUAUUUCAGAAUUUUUUUGAAGCUUUUUUUGAAGAAAAAAAGAAAUGAUCUUUCCGCGAUUUUUUUCUGAAACUCGAAAUAGACUUCGAUUCGAUUUUUUUAUAUUGAAUAUUGCUGUCCCUUAUCUGAAUCUCCUCAUAAAACCCUAAUACAUCGAAAAAAAGUCGAAAUAUCCAAGAAUUGAUGGCGAAUUUCAAGAUUUCCGUAUCACCAGGAAAAAAAUCUCAUUAUUGUUAAAAUUCACCUGGAUUUUCAUUAAAAAUUCUUUUUUUCAUUCAACUCAGCUUUUUUUAUUAAUUCCCAUUGGAUGGAAGUUGAAAAUCGACUUUUUCCUCUCUGAAAGAAAAACAGCCCAUUCAGUGUUCAAAAGUUUUUUUCCGUGAACAGAGUGCGAAAAAGAUAACUAAUUUUUUACAGGGUCAGAGAACACUUCGAUUUUCACGGAAAUUACUUUGGAAAAAGCUUCAGAUUUUCCUUUUUUCAGUUCAUUCGACGAUCGACCUUCCCCAAAUCUCCUUUCACCGUCUUUCGACCUUUCUAUGCUCUCGCCUAGUCCCGUAUUUAUUCUCCAGAGAAAAAACUCAAAGAAGAAAUAAUUCAGACAUUUUUCCCCUUGCAUGACCCUCGGUUCGACUUUUUGCCCAUUAGCGAAGAGGACGACGAGCGUUGGCAGAAGGAAGAUUAUUUCCGAACUGGGAGGUUCGAAAAUUGACAAAUUCCGAGAAAAUAUUGGUUACAAUUUGUAAAUUAACAUUAAAAAAGUUUUUUUUUUAGAAAUUUUCAUUAAUAGCAAAUCUUGUUGAGUAGAAUGAGAGAAUCCUACAAUAUAAAAUGUCAAAUUUUCAAUUUUAAUUGGUUUUUUAAAUUCUGAAAAGGUAAAAAAAUGUUGAAAGGGUGAAACGUUAAUUUGAGACUAAUUUAGAACUAUAUUUUAUCUUUGGACAUCCGAGUUUUCCGAUUUUUUUAUACAUUGGGCUGAAUUUAUUUUUAUUUUUAGGUUUAUUUCGGGUUCAUUUUGAGUUUUAUUAUGAAUUUUAUUAUGAGCUUUCAGAAAAAUUAAACUGGUUCAUAAAUUUGAUUAUCAACUUGUAAAAACCAGUAGUUUAGAAGGUUUUUUUGUCAAGCAAAAAAAUUGAGUUUUUCUGUUUUGAUCUCAUAGUAACCAAAAAAUCCGUUUAUCAGCACAAAUCCGAAAAUUUUGUUUUUUUUUUCAUUGUUGGUGACUUUUUCUAUUUAUUUCGGAUUUUUUUAGAUUUUUCUCGGUCAUUUAUUAUCAAUUCUUCGGAUUGAAUUUUUAAUGAAACGAAAAAUUUUUUUCAGAAAAAAAUGUUUGUUUUAAAUAUUUCCGCGAGAAAGUUUCAAAAAUUUCGUAAAAAAAUAUUUUUCUCAAUUUUUUUCAAGUGAAGUCUUAAUAUUUUUUUAUUUUUAUUUUGUCUUUGACUUUGACUUUAAUCGUUAUUUUUUUGAAAUCUUCUAUUUCACUUAAAAAAAUACUAACCAGGGAAUGGUCUCAGCUCACAGUGGGACUUCUGAAUGAGACCAAUUUUAUUAGAUGUAGUUUUUUUCACGCUGAUUCCAAAUCUGCUUUCAAAAAGUUGCCCAAUACGUCUGUGAAAAAAGUUAUGGACCCUCAAAAGUCGAAAAUUUCAGUGUCUCCAAUUGAGCUGUUUUUUGGAGGGUAUGUAGAUCUUGUCCCUCUGGUUACGGAAAACUAUUGAACUUUUCUCAAAAAAAUUCCGCAGCCCAGAUAUGAUCUUUCAAAGCCCCGCCGAACAUAAGAGAAUGCGCGCGCGGUGUCCUAUUGCGAUCCGACGGCUGUCGUAGCAACGGCAGCGAGGAGCAGUGGAAAGGCGGCAAACUGGGGAGCACGAGGUCAUGGGUUCGGUCCCCGUCCUCUGCAAAAUUUUUUUGCAAUUUUUCCUUUUUUGGACAAUUUCGUCUAACUGCUCCUUUCUUGAGUUUUUGAAGCGUAGAAACAUGAGAAAACUUCUUUUUGAACCUUUAUAAACACGUGGACUUAUUUUUUUGUCAAAAAAAUUUUAUUCAUGAAAUUUUUUUCGUGAUUUUCCAUGUGUAUGAUGGGUUGAGUAUGAAAAUUUUUCGAAAAAAAUUUUUUUGUUUUUGUUAUUUUUUUGUUUCAAAAGUUGACUGGUCCAAGGAAUCAUGACUACGCUGUCAAAACUGACAGAUUUUCAUGGUUUUUCAGACCUCAACCUGCUCAUACGGCUCUAUGAGAAAGAAAGAAAUGCAAGUUUUUAGCUUUUUUUGCUGAAAAAAACUUUUUGAAGCACUUUUUACUAGUUACUAAAUUUUUACAACCAGAACCGUAAUCUCCUAAAUAUAUUCAUUACAAUGAGAUUUUUAGAAAGUUUACCUUCAAGUCAGACUUUGUAGAGUAAAAUGUCAAAAAGAAAAAAAUAUAACUUUUUAAGGCUUUUAAUAGCAUUUUUCCUUCUUUUGAUUUCGGGACUAAACUUUUUUCCGACAAAAAGGCAAUCAUCGCGUAUAAAUCACUGCAACCUAAAAAGAUCUUUUUGGUAGAGGAAAAUUUUGGAAAAAAAUUUUUUUCUGUCAGUUUUGACAGCGUAGUCAUGAUUCCUUGGACCAGUCAACUUUUGAAACAAAAAAAAUAACAAAAAACAAAAAAAAUUUUUUUCGAAAAAUUUUCAUACUCCAACCCAUCAUACACAUGGAAAAUCACGAAAAAUUUCAUGAAUAAAAAUUUUUUUGACAAAAAAAUAAGUCCACGUGUUUAUAAAGGUUCAAAAAGAAGUUUUUCUCAUGUUUCUACGCUUCAAAAACUCAAGAAAGGAGCAGUUAGACGAAAUUGUCCAAAAAGGAAAAAAAUUGCAAAAAAAUUUUUGCAGAGGACGGGGACCGAACCCAUGACCUCGUGCUCCCCAGUUUGCCGCCUUUCCACUGCUCCUCGCUGCCGUUGCUACGACAGCCGUCGGAUCGCAAUAGGACACCGCGCGCGCAUUCUCUUAUGUUCGGCGGGGCUUUGAAAGAUCAUAUCUGGGCUGCGGAAUUUUUUUGAGAAAAGUUCAAUAGUUUUCCGUAACCAGAGGGACAAGAUCUACAUACCCUCCAAAAAACAGCUCAAUUGGAGACACUGAAAUUUUCGACUUUUGAGGGUCCAUAACUUUUUUCACAGACGUAUUGGGCAACUUUUGAAAGCAGAUUUGGAAUCAGCGUGAAAAACUACAUCUAAUAAAAUUGGUCUCAUUCAGAAGUCCCACUGUGAGCUGAGACCAUUCCCUGGUAAGUUCAAUUCAGGAUCACGAAAGGAGUCAGCUACAACAUUAUGACUGGGAAAUUGAUGGCGGAUGAACAUGAGAAGAUUGAAAUUGUCGAAAAAGUAAGAAAAUAUCAUCCAGUGAUUGAAAAUGACUGUUUUCCUUCAGAAAAAUGAGGCUGACUUGACCUCGGAGACGGAAAAAUCCACCUCUUCCGGUUACAAAUCCACAAAGGACCUCGAAAACGAGAUUAUGUCUUUUUCUGACGUUUUUUCGGCGAUCCCAAGGGCCUUCAAUUAUGCGGAUUCGUUACCGGUUGGUUUUUAUAAAUAAUUUGUGGAAAAAAACUGAAAAGAAAAAAACUAAACUUUUGAAAAAAUUUCUUCUAUAAAGUUUAUUUUGUUUGAAUGAGGUCAAAAAACUCGGAAUGAUCAUGAUGAUGAAACGCGAAAACUUCAUGGAAAAACUUGGAAAAAAAUUUGCAAAUUUUGAGAGAAAGAAAGAAAAGAAGAGAAAACGUAUAGUCAAUCCAGCCCUACCUGAAAAGACGAUGGGAGGCGCAGAAGGGGGCGGGACGCGUAGCGUGUGCGUUCGCGGUUCUUGACACAAGUUUAGUUCAACGGCAGACUAAUUGGACAUUUUUUUCUGCAUUUAUUGACUUCUUUUUUUCUAGCUGUUAGAUCAAAAAAAUGUAAGAAAGAAAGAAGCGAAUAGUGUAAAUUAAAUUUAUUAAUCACAAUUUAUGGGACAAACAAGUACACUGUUGGCAGAGUGAGACCUUUUCUUGCUUUCAAAAAUGAGUCUCAGAAAAGCCUUUUUGUACGGAGUUAUCAUAGUCAAAUACAUCACGCAGAUAGUUGGACACAAUGUUUGACCAGGGGCCCACAGAAAAAGUGUCAUCGGCAAGCUGUAAAUCUUCUUUUUCAUUUGUCUUUGAUAUUUUUGAAAACAUAAUUUUUAUCAAAAUACAAAGAAAGACAAACUCACUGGAUGAAGGCUUUGAAGUUAGAAAUGGUUACGAAAAAGCUUCCCAGAAUCGGUAUCACAACGGCAACCCCGAUGGCCAAAAGUGUUCCCAAUUCAAUUGUCAAUAUCCUUCUGAGAAGUCGUUUUACGGCUGUGGAAUGGGUAUGGUGUGACUGAAGGGUCCUGAAUAGUGACCAUAUAAUUUUCUCGUUAAAUUUUUUAGUAUUUGUUUGAGAAGGUUAUGGGAAUCGGAUAAUAAAACUCACAUGGAAAUAAGGGACGCGAAGAACCAAAACAAAACUACUACGAUGAUAGCAAACUCGAGAGCAAGAUAAUAAGCGAACUUGCGAUAAACUAAGAAGAAAACGGCGUGGUCUUUGAAAAAGUCCGCCAAUCUGUUAUCAACAGUAACCGCGAUCCUACGAGCUUCAUCCUGGUCCCAUACAAGGCAGUUGAGAAGUGGAUAUAAGUUGACAACGCAAAUCGAAAUGGAAAUAAACCAUAAAAGUCGUUCAGCAUAAGCCACCGAUUUUGAAUGAGUGAGGUCGAAAAUAGUGAAAUACGUGGCGGUUAGCGCGUUGCGGGUUAAAGUUAAUGUACAGAAAAUUAAUUCAAACAAAGACAGGUAGACGAGUAAAAUGACCGAGGCGCCGGUUAUACGGUAGUUACUGGCGCUUGUUAGAUUAUUGAACAACAUUUGAUACGGUAGGACACUGUAGAGGCCGUCGAAAGCAAUGAAGAGAGAAAAUAAACAGGAAAAGAUUAUCUGGAGGGCGAGAAAUACUUUGAAGGCUUUGAUGAUCCGAGAAGAAUUUCGCAGAACGAUAUAAAGGGUCAGAGCUGCCAGAAAUAUGACGAUGACCGCGACGGUUAUCUCCCAAGUCUGUGUCAGUUUUAUGUAGCUGAAAAGGUGGACUUUGACGGAAGUUUGGGAAAUUCUUGAAGGUACUUACAGAGAAGAUUAUUUUAAGGCUGAGCGUUAUUUUAAAAUUGCUCUGAACAUCCUUCGAUGUACGAUAUAUUUUUGUAGACGUGAUGGGUAGAUUGGCAAGUUGACGCGAUGCGGUUUUCAGAACGCAGCCAUGGAAUAAAAAAUUAUUUCUCUUCCAACUAAAUUUUUUCAAACUAUAAAAAAGUCGAUACUUUGAAAAAAAACUAUCAAGAAUAGAUAAAAACUUGAAAAAAAGGAGUCUCUAGUUUCCCUCCAACAGCCGCGUCGUGUACGCAACGCGUCAUCCUUGCCAAUCUAUCAAUCUCCUCCUUUCAAGUCGGGAAUAAAUGACUAUAAGGUACACAUAAAAAUUGUUUUUAUAAAUUUCUCGUGUUCAAAAUAGCUGUAGUCUACUUACUUUUCAGUUUACAAAAUUUUUAAUAAUCCAAAUUUCAAAGCCGAACCUUUGGUGGUGGGUAUACGCAUCAUAAAAUCCAUCUAGAGCUGAGACGAUAUUGAAAGGCACGAUAUAAUCGUUAGAAUUCUCGGAGAACAUUUAUUUAGUUAGUUGUGAAUGACUUUUUUGCCAAACUAAAGCACCUGGUCUUGUUUUAAAAUGCGUCAAGCAAUUAAUGGAAUAAAAGCUGCAUUUUAACACCCGUUCUCUGAGGAAGUUCAGCGAAAUUCAGUUUUCACAAAAAGUGACAUUUUUGAUCUACUUCAUUGUAAUAUACUCAACAAUGUCAUUUCAGGAGCCUUUGAAGGGCGUUUUCCAAAACGAGAAAUAUGAUUUUUUGAGGGCGAAUUUAGGGCUUCAAAGAACCAUUUAGAAACAUGCUGAUUGGGGAACAUUAAUUAUUCUCUUCAAAAAUAAUUUUUACACAAAGCAAAAAAAGUUUAUUGUAUGAUUCUUCAGGAAGUGAACGGCGCCUGGGUGCUGAAGCACCGAGAAGAGGAGCUGGACCAGCUGACGACCUUCGAGCUUCAGGCUCCGAUCUGCGCGGCUCUCAACUCGCGGCACUACCUUCUCAUGUUCUUCGGCAUCGACGAGCGCGACCGCGUCACCGGCUGCGAAUUGUCGGCCCGCGACCGCGUCUGCUUCCGAAUGGCCCUGUCGCGGGCCGUCGCCGGCGAGUUCCAGCCGCCUCUGAUCAACGCCGCGCCCGCGACCCUCCACGGCAUGAAUCGCGCCGACGACCUGGCCGCCGUCACCUCGACCGUCGACGUCGUCUUCCUGCCAAUCCUGCCGGUGACGUCGUCGGAUGAGCCCACGACUCGACGUUACGUCAUCGUCGUCCGUGUCAAGGAGAAGACCGAGAAGGUCGGAAGCAAGGAUUUGCUGAUCUCCUUGUUUUUUUUAUAGCAGAACCGAUUCGUUACAACUUGAAAUAAUAGGAUUUUUCUGCGCAAAAGAACGAGAUUAGUCCACCUUUUUCCGGUAAAAAUAGAAAAUUUUCGAAAAAUCAAUAUCGAUCAAUAUUCUUCCAUCUUCAAUUUCGAAUCUUCUUGCAGCUUUUCUCAAAAUCUAAAUGAGCAGUUUAGGUGUAUCAACUUUCUUCCGGACGAAUUUACAUCGAAGAAAAUGGCGUUCCUGUCCAGUUGAGUUGUUUGGAAGAGGUGUAUCCUUCUUUGCAUGACCUUCAUCAAAAUUUUCCGAAAUUCCAGGCUUCCAGAAUGAUCUUGGGCGAUCGGAUCAUCCCGGAGCUCUGUGAACCGAUCGUCGUCGAGGAUUUCGUCAAAGAAGUCGAAGCAGAGCCGGAAGAGGCCAAGGAAAAAGUCGUCGCUGUGAAAAUGCCGAGACGGAAUAUUCUUCGCGAUUUGAAUGUUUUGAGGUGAUUUUUUUCGGUCAGAAAUACCUGAAAAGUCCAGCGUUCAAAGAAAAAGAAAAAAAAAAAGAAGUCGGCAAGUUCUUCAGUUUCAAAAAAAGGAAAAUACGAAUACUUUUAGCGAAAAAGUUUGAGUAAAUAACCAAGAACCGGCAAUGUAUUGAAUUAUACAGGGAAUUUUGAAGAGUCAGAGAUAAUUUUAAAUGGAAUAAAUUUGAACACGGCAAAAAGGACGAUUUUAAAGUUUGAGAAAGUCUUUUUUGAAAAACCAAUACGUAUAGAGCCUAGCGAUAGUCAGGUUUCUGAAAAUUCUUUGAACCUUCCAGUCUGUUUUUUUAAAAUAAAGAAUUCCCUUUCCAUUCUGAUCGCUUUUCAGAGUCAAAAUCAUGACCCAAACACUUGAGAGAAAUCUAAUUUUUUUGAAAAAAAAAACAGUUUUGCGAGACUUUUCACAUUUUAAAUCGAUGAUUUUGACGUUCUAGAAAGCCUUUUUAACAGACUUACGUAUGAACUGUAUCCCAAAAAAUUCUUACUUUCUUUUCUUUUUUUCCUUGCUACGCCUUUGUUCCACUUGAGAAGCUUCGGCGCCCAAAGUUGAUGAGACAAGGCCCUAUCUUGGUAUCAGACUGGCUCCAGGUUCACGCGAGUGUCGACCCGAGCCUCAAGUGAAAACGGCCCGGCUCAAACCAAAGAGAGCAAUUUUUAUCAAGUCCGAUAUCAGACAGUUCUACGAUAAAAUCACGUUCUUGGUUCUUUUUUCAUUUACAGUUCAACAGAAAUUAUGAUAAAGUGGUAAAGGAAAUUUUUUGGGGAAGUUUGGGUAAGCUUGAGAUUUUUCUUGGUCACGAGGGGGGUCGAACUUGUGAUCCUGUGGACCGUAGACAGACACGCGACUUCAUAGACGAAUCGAGAAAGGGUAUCGCAAUACCCUCUGAAGUACAUCGCAGGCUCUGAAGUCUCACGAUGGUACCUCAAGUAUAGUAAUUUUGACAAGUCUAUGAUGUAAGGUAUGUGAAAAAAAUGUACAGAUGAGUUAUCAAAUAAUAAAUAAUUAGGAAUAGUUCAGAGGUUAGAUUGGAUUUACAAUAUAUCGCGCAGCCGUUUCGAGUCUUAAAAGUGUGCGGCAUAAGAGGUGACUCGCAUCAGCACUUUCCUCCUUGCAUUAGUUCAAAAAACGAAGAAAAGGAUAAUUUUGCGACUAUCUUAGGCGCGUAAGGUCUGAGGAGGUCUGAAGAUUCUGAGCAAAAUGAACACACAUUAUGGGGUCUUCACGAUCCAUUUUCAGAGGUACCUUUGUGUACCCAUUAUGGUACCUUCUCAGUUCGCCUGUGUUGUUGCGCUACGGCGCAUCUCUAAGAACUUUUUCAUUCUCUCCAUUGAUUUUUUUUUUUCAAAAAAGGAUUCCUUCCAUUUUAAAUAUCGUUUUCAGAGUGAAGCGUCUGGCCGAAACAAUGAAGGAAAAGCUGCCGAAAGGCGGCGUUCUUCGUUACGCGAUGUGUGCCGCCAUCGGCUCUGCUGCCGCGAUUUGUGGCCACAAGAUUGUCAGAAAGUAUCUGUAA